GUUUAUUUUCUUUGUAUUAAUGUUUAUUAUGUUAUAUUCUACAUCAUUUCAAUAACUACUAUUUGUUAUCUGUAAACUACUAACUUAUACCAAGGUAGAUGAAAAUAUAGUUGGUAGUUUUUGAAUAUUAAAAAUAAAGUGAAUUUGGAGUGUGGUCGGCUCUGGGCAGUCGAAUGUCGUCCGUCGAACGUACAGUGCGCACCCAUAUUGAAAAUACUGUGUUUCAUUUUGCUGCAUCGCCGCCAUCCUUUAUAAUUUUGGUCACUUCGACCCGCAUCUUGAACUGGUUGCAUCCCGUGGAGCUUAUUGUUUAUUAAUUUCGCGUGGAUUAAACGGUAAACGAUGCCAACGACACGGCGACAGCAGCAGGCGUCUGCUUCGGACCCUGCCCCGGAAGCAGCACAUCCGCCACCUCGUGGAGCCGAUGAUAUUAUUUCGCGAGGAACCCAGGCUGCCAAGGAGGAGACACCGAAGGGACCACCCAGCGCAAACACGUUCACAUCGGCAACGGCGAGGAGAUCGUGUGCGUCUUCGUCUAUCGCUAGACGGAAGCAAUUGGAGCAGAAAGCUGAACAGGCGAAGGCCGAGAUACGUAUGCAGCUCAUAAACAAGCAGCUGGAGGCAGUUCUAGCACAAUUGGAAGAGGAGGAGGUGGCCGAUGACGUCACCGAAAGUCGGUUUGUUGCAGACGAGCGUACGAGAGAAAGUGUAAGGGAAUGGUUGGACCAUAGCCAAGGUGAACCUUGUGCAGCCUUCGAGCCACGGGCUCGGAACCAUCCGACGUUCCUGACCACCGAGCGGCUUCUACAGGAGGCUACAUCUAACGUCCAACAACUGGCACAUGUACUGAAGGAGAUGAUGACCCAAAUCAGUUCACAGCGAGAGGACAGGCUCAUGAGUCGCCUCGCCACACCACGAGAUCUUCCCGAAUUCCACGGUGACUAUAUUGAGUGGCUUCACUUCAAGAACGCUUACGAGGAGUCCACAAAAAUAUGUCAGUUCAGUAACAGUGAAAACCUGUGGCGGCUAAGAAGAUCGCUUCGCGGCGCAGCCAAGGAGGCGGUAGCAGACCUGCUCAUCGGCAACACGGUGCCCUCGCAGGUGAUGGACACGCUGGAACUGAGGUUUGGACGCUCUGAUUCUAUUGUACACACAAUCACAACACGGCUAAAGAAGCUACCACCAUUACCCUUAUUUUAUCAAAGCAACUUAAUAGAAUUUUCAACUAAAAUAAUUAAUUCUGCUGCUACAUUAAAUGCAUUGAAUAAAGAAGAAUAUUUAAGAAGUCCAGAACUAAUAAAUGCAGUUAUAUUAAAAUUGCCCAGCACUUUGCUUAGUAAAUGGACAGACUAUGCUUACAGCAAAGGCUUAGAAAAUUUACCUAAGCUCACAUUAUUAGCUGAAUUUUUAAAACAAGAAUCGCAGAUAUUGCUAAGCGUUGGAACUAUUCCGCUAGAUAAUUAUAACAGUCAACAGACAGAAAUCAAUACACGAAAAAGACACAAUGUAUUUAACUUGAGCGAAGAUAAUUAUCAUGUUAUUGCACCAUUACAAAUAAUAUGUGGCAGCAAAAAUGAACCUUAUGCAACUCGAUGCAAGUUAGGUUAG